AUGACCAAAUCAUCAACCAAGACCCCUACUGAGCGCAUGAAACUUCAAAAAGGGCACCAGUACAUCAGGAAUGAUCACAAUUAUAUACCAUGCCCUCCGGAUUCACCCGACCUCCAGACUAGCCACGAUAUUGUCACCGUGCUCUCUAACCAGAUGGGAGGUCUCGUACUCGAAUAUGAUAGCUCCUGUGUGGAGAAGUCCGGGUUUAGAGUGCGAUCUACCGAAGCCAAAGCAAUGCGACUUGUCUUUGAGCAUACCGAUGUUCUCGUUCCUGAGGUAGUUUUUACUAAUUUCCGCUCAGAGGAAAAGCAAAAAAGGCUAAGGGACCUUUCUAAUCCUGAUUCACGUCCGAGUCGAACUUUUGGACUUAUUGCAAUGAGCAUUAUUUCCGGUACCGCUCUAGAGCAGAAGUGGAAUGAACUAGACGAUAAGUCUAAAGAGUCAAUCUGCCUUCAACUAUGGGACAUGAUAUCAAAAAUCCGAACUAUUCCUUGUCCAUCAGAGCUCAAGGGUCUUAUCAGUGCUCCGCGGAUGGCUCUCCAUCAGUGGACCCAAUGUUCGAGGAUCUACAAUACCCUCCCCGACCGCUCUUAA